UUUACUUUGUCAAAUCUUAGGCCAGUGAUAUUAACGAUGAUUUGAUUGUUAAUGUUUUUCUACUUCAUAUAAAAGACAAUCGAUUUUUGAUUGCAGACGACGUAGGUACAUAUAAAUGGUGAUAUAAUUUCAAUUGUUUUCUCUGAGACGAUUAGAAAAAUGUUAAAUUCAGCAAGAUUAAUAUUUAAAAAUUUGAGAAUUGCCGUCAAUUGUCGCGUGAAGUUUGUUCAUUGUGGCAAUAAUUUUAUAAUAAGCAAAAAAUUAUUUGAGAACGAACGACAUACGCAAAAUAAAGAUGUCAAAGAUACAAUAAAGGAUCCUUAUAAAGAUUGGAAUUCAAAGUUGAAUGCAUAUCAUGAGCUUUUGGAUAUUAACAAUGAUGGCGUCGUUACAAUUGAGGAUAUGAGAGAAUUAACUAAAAGAUUUUCGAAAGUUAACAAUAUGACGGAAGAGCAAAGUUUAAUGUUUUCCAAAAUCAUUGAAAACCUAUGGUACAAACAUUGGGGGUGUAUUAACCCAUUUGAUUAUGUCACGGUUGAAAAGUACUUGAGUUAUAUUCAAUAUGUAAAACAAAAUGACCGUCUCAAAAAUGAAGUUAUCCAGCUUUUGCCUUUCCUAUUCAAAACCGUUGACAAGGAUCAAAGUGGUCAUAUCACAAAGGAAGAAUACGAUAAGUUUUUGGAAUGUAUGGGUACAUCAAAUAAGAACGGCUUAAUAAAAUCAUUGGGAAUCAUAAAUGACAAAGAUCACACAAUUCACCUGGACGAUUUAAUUUCAGUUAUUCAAAAGUUUUUAUUCCAAAAUAAAGAUGAAGCUGACAAAUAAGUACUAUAUUUUUAAAUAGUCAAUAAAUUGUGUUUUCAUUUAAGAUACUGUAAAGUAUGUUAAUAAUAUAAUUUUUUUUUUAUUGUGUUUCCAUUGUUUACGUCUCAAUAUUUCGAUUUU